UAUGACCCCUGUGUCGAUUUUUGGCAGAGAUCUGCGAGAAGUAACUCUUUUUGUCAGCACGCCUAACGUUUUACUGGGAACCACUUCCACCUACUUCCUACUUCCGUCUGAUUUUACCGCCAUGCCUCACAUAUUUUUUUCUUCACAGCUGAACAAACAUGUUGUUGAUGCUCUGUUAGAUGCUGGGGUUCUUGCUGUCUCCUGUUCUGAGCGAGACUUCUGCCCCACAUCAGCGUGCGUCCAGACGGGUCAGUCAAACUGGACAUCAACACAUCCCAGUCGGAGCAUGACGUCACCGGAGGCAUACGGCUCAAGCUGCAGACGGCGGUGGACAUCGUGCGGCAGACGUGCGGGAAAUGUGCUGUGGUGGUGUGUAGAGUGGACUCCCCUGGUGUUUUUGACGUCUGCAGAAAUGGAGAUGUGGUCAAGGAUUUGGAGCUGACGGUCGUUGCGAUGGAAGAUACGACGUUAACUUCAUAAAGUUGUUGAGCUUUCUGUGAAAAUUUGUUGCAAAUAUGGAGAAAUGGUCACAGAUCCCCCCCCCCCCCAGGGCAGUGGUGCUGACUGAAGUUGUCUUUAGGCCAUUCUCAAAGGGGGAAUAUUAGCAUAUAUUCUUUUGCACAAUAGAAUUGAAAAUGGGCUGAUUUAUCAAUGUCAUGUUCAGUGUCGGAACAACAUAGGGGGAACU